AUGGCGCUGAACGCCGCCUCACACAAUGCCACCGGCGAGAGAACCGGGCCCCAGUCGGGCCAGCCGCCCCCACCUUCAAACGAGACCAAAGACGCUGUGCUUCAAGCUGCCAAUGGCGAUCUGAAAGGCCAGAAUGCGCCAGGUCAAGAUGGCGGUGACAAAUCUGCGGAAAAGAAGGUGAAGUCGGAGAAGGAGCUGGCGAAAGAGCGGCAGAAAGCCGAGAAGGCGGCGAAGUUGGCUGCGAAGAUAGAGAAGCAAAAGGCCUUGGAGGCGGCGUCGAAGCCGAAGCAAAAGGAGAAGAAGACGCAAGAGAAGCUGCCGCCGUAUGUAGAGCAGACGCCCAAGGGUGAGAAGAAGAUCUUGCAGCCGCUGGACGACGAGUAUCACAAGGCGUAUAUCCCCUCUGUGGUGGAGAGUGCGUGGAUGGACUGGUGGGAGGCGCAGGGCUUCCAUCUGCCGGAGUUCAAGGAGAAUGGAGAGGUGAAGGAUAAGGGCUCCUUUGUCAUUUCCAUCCCUCCUCCCAACGUGACGGGCAAUUUGCACAUAGGACAUGCUUUGGCCACGGCGCUGCAGGAUGCCAUGAUCCGGUGGAACCGAAUGAAGGGCUUGACGGUGCUUUACGUUCCCGGCUGCGAUCAUGCGGGUAUCUCGACGCAGAGUGUGGUGGAGAAUAUGCUGUACAACCGACGGAACGGCAUGACGAGACACGAUCUUGGGCGGCCGAAGUUUGUGGAGACUGUGUGGGAGUGGAAAGAGGAGUACCACACGAGGAUCAACAAAGUCCUUCGGAGACUGGGCGGCUCAAUGGACUGGACGCGCGAAGGCUUCACCAUGAGCCCGACGUUGUCCAAAGCCGUGCGACAGACGUUCGUUCAGCUGCAUGACGACGGGCUCAUCUAUCGCGCGAACCGACUCGUGAACUGGUGUACCAAGCUCAACACCGCCCUGUCAAAUCUGGAGGUGGAUCAGAAGGAGCUCGAGGGCUCGACCAAGAUCGACGUGCCGGGUUACGACAAGAAGAUCGAGUUCGGCAGCAUAUGGAACUUCAAGUACCCCAUUGAUGGAACGAAUGAAUUUAUCGAAGUCGCCACCACUCGUCCGGAGACCAUGUUGGGAGAUACUGGCGUGGCGGUGCAUCCGAAGGAUGAGCGCUACCAACAUCUCCUGGGCAAGAACGUGAAGCACCCAUUCGUGGACCGCCUCUUGCCCAUCUUUGCCGAUGAUACGGUGGAGAAGGACUUCGGGACUGGCGCCGUCAAGAUCACGCCUGCACAUGACUUCAACGAUUUCCGACGAGGAAAGGACCACAAGCUCGAAUUCAUCAACAUCCUCAAUGACAACGGCACCAUGAACUCCAAUGCCGGACCGCUGUUUGAAGGCCAGCGACGCUUCGACGCUCGGUAUACCGUCAUUGCCGAGCUGGAGAAGUUGGGGCUUUACGUGGGCAAGCAGAGCAACCCCAUGAAGAUCCCGCUCUGCAGCAAAUCCAAGGAUAUCAUCGAACCAAUUCUGAAGCCGCAGUGGUGGAUGCAUAUGGAACCUCUCGCGAAGCCUGCCUUGGAUGUAGUGAAGGAUGGGUCGAUCAAGAUUCAACCCCAGACAGCGGAGAACAUGUACGUGCGGUGGAUGGAGAAUGUCGACGACUGGUGUCUGUCCCGACAACUGUGGUGGGGACAUCAGAUCCCGGCAUACUACGCCAAGACGAAGGACUCUCCGUACGAUGCGGACUACGAGCACUGGUUCUGCGCGGAGACGGAGGAGCUUGCGAGGGAGAAGGCCAAGGCGAAGUUCGGUGAUCGGGAGUUUGUGCUCGAGCGGGAUCCGGACUGCUUGGACACUUGGUUCAGUUCUGGACUGUGGCCUUUCUCGACCCUCGGCUGGCCGGAGAAGACGCAUGAUUUCGAGAAGCUGUUCCCGACCUCUGUCCUGGAGACGGGGUGGGACAUUCUCUUCUUCUGGGUGGCGAGGAUGAUAUUUUUCUCCCUCAAGAUGACCGGCAAGAUCCCCUUCUCCGAAGUAUACUGCCACUCCCUGAUUCGCGACACGGACGGACGCAAGAUGUCGAAAUCCCUCGGCAACGUGAUUGAUCCUGUUGACAUCAUGGACGGCAUUACUCUCGAGGAGCUCAACGCCAAGCUCCUACAAGGCAAUCUCGCACCGAAAGAAGUCGAGCGGGCGAUGCAGUGGCAGAAGAAAGCCUUUGUGGACGGCAUCGACGAGUGCGGAGCCGACGCCCUCCGCUUCUCCCUCAUCAACUACACCACCGGCGGCGGCGACAUCAACUUUGACGUCAAAGUCAUGCGCGGCUACCGCAACUUCUGCAACAAAAUCUACCAAGCCACCAAGUACGUUCUCGGCAAUCUCCCCGCUGACUUCACGCCCAAAGCAAAGGGUGGCAUGACGGGCAAGGAGAGCCUCCCGGAGCGCUGGAUCCUGCACAAGAUGACCAUCGCCGCGCGUGAAGUGAAUGACAACCUCGCUAAGCGCGAGUUCUCCGACGCCACGCAGGCUCUGCAUCGCUACUGGCUGUAUGAGCUGUGCGACGUGUACAUUGAGAACAGCAAGUCGAUCAUCCGCGACGGUACGCCCGAGGAGCGGGAGAGCGCCAUCGACACGCUGUACACCGCGCUCGACGAGGCGUUGCGAAUGAUGCACCCCUUCAUGCCCUUCUUGACGGAAGAGCUGUGGCAACGCCUGCCGCGCCGACCAGGCGACUCCACCAAGAGCAUCGUCAUCGCAGACUACCCGCAAUACGACGCCAGCCUAGACGACGCGGAGAGCGAGCGCGCGUACGAGUUGAUCCUCGGCUGCUCCAAGGGCGUGCGCUCGCUGAUUCAAGAGCACGGGGUGAAAGAGGAUGGCAAGGCGUUCGUGCGGCCUCUGUCCGAUGAGGCGUAUCGCACUGCAUCGGCUGAGGCGGCGUCGAUUAAGACGCUGGCGGGUAAGAAUUGCAGUGCGCUGAACGUGCUGAAGCCUGGCGAGGAGGUGCCCAAGGGCGCUGCUGUGUAUCCUGUUUCGGCUGCUGCGGGCGUGUAUCUUCUGCUCGGCCAGAAUGUCGACACCAACAAGGAGAUCAAGAAGAUCCAGCCGAAGCUGCAAAAGGCGGCCGACGCCGUCAAGGAGCAGGAGAAGACGCUGGGCGCGUUGAGCGACAAGGUGAAUCCCGACGUGAGGCGGGCGGAGGAGGGCAAGUUGAAGGAUUACUUGAGCGAGCAGCAGCUGUUACAGGAGAGUUUGGAGCAGUUGCAUGUGUUGAGUUUGGAGGAAUAG